AGCCGGCUCCUGCCUGCACGGGGGCUCCGAGGCGCUGCCAGAGGACACUGAGUCCCGCCUAGGGGAGUGCAAGCCCUGCUCCUUCUCUUUUCCCGAAAGGAAAGAAACCGUCUCCAGCUCUGCUGGGAGGAGAGCUCGGAGCGCGGACUCUGCAGCUCGCAGCGCUUCCUGCUUCCCUUCUCCACUCGGGUCCCAGGACUUUCUCUCCGACCAGCAAUAAACGGUGCGAGUUUGGCGCCUGCCCUCCUUCCAGCGGGAGUGGGCGAGGCGUGCCCACCCGAGACGAGGCGCGAUGAACAGACGAGAGGAGGGCUGAGCGCAGAGCGGCGCGGCCAGGGUCCCUUGGCUCCGGCCCGCGCGCGUCUCCCGGGGUGGGGCAGGGUGGGGGUGGGCCGAGGCGUGGACUCUAGAAGCCUCUCGGCGACGGGAAUAAAAGGGCGCCGGCUCGCCGUGCCGCGCUGGGAAGCCGUGUCACCUCGCCCCCGGCUCUGGGAAGGGUAUGGCCCCGGCGGACCCCCGGCGGUGACUCGUGCGUCCCGGCCUCGCGGAUGCUCCGUGCGCACAGCUCCCGUGUGUCGCGGCUUCCGAAGAGCAGGUGUCCAGGGACCACGAAGCCCAGCAAGAUGCCACCGCCGGCGCCCUGCGGAGCCCUCUCCGUGGUCCUGAUUCUGCUCUGGGCACAUCCACGCACGGGUCUCGCCUGUCCUCACCCUUGCGCCUGCUACGUCCCCAGCGAGGUCCACUGCACGUUCCGCUCCUUGGCUUCCGUGCCAGCUGGGAUUUCUAAACAUGUGGAAAGAAUCAAUUUGGGGUUUAACAGUAUACAGGCUCUGUCAGAAACCUCCUUCGCGGGACUGACCAAGUUGGAGCUGCUCAUGAUUCACGGCAACAACAUACCCAGCAUCCCUGACGGGGCGUUGAAGGACCUCAGCUCUCUGCAGGUUUUCAAAUUCAGCUACAAUAAGCUGCGCGUGAUCACAGGACAGACCCUGAAGGGGCUCUGGAGCUUAAUGAGGCUGCACAUGGACCACAACAAAAUCGAGUUUAUCCACCCACAAGCGUUCAAGGGCUUGACGUCCCUCAGGCUCCUCCACUUAGAGGGGAACAUGCUCCACCAGCUACACGCCGGGACCUUCUCCACAUUUACCUUUCUGGACUACUUCAGACUGUCCAACAUCAGGCACCUCUACUUAGCAGAGAACAAGAUCCGAGCUCUUCCCGCGGGCUUGCUUCAGAACAUGCCGCUCCUGGAGAACCUGUACCUGCAGGGGAACCCGUGGUCCUGUGACUGUGAGAUGACAUGGUUUCUGCAAUGGGAUGCAAAAUCCAAAGGGAUUCUGAAGUGUAAGAAGGACAAAGCCUAUGAAGGUGGUCAGUUAUGUGCCACGUGCUCCAGCCCCAAGAAGCUCCACAGACAAGAGCUUCACAAGCUGAAGGACAUCCCUUGUCUGAAGCCUUCCAUAGAGUCCCCUCUGAGAUCCAACAAGAGCAGCAGCAGCGAGGACGAGCAGGAAUCAGAGGACGACAGUGACAGCCAGCUCUCCCUGGAGGCGUUCCAGCUCCCCCCCUGGAACAUCUCUCUGAAUAUGACCGACGAGCACGGGAACAUGGUGAGCCUUCUGUGUGCCAUCAAGAAGCCGACGGAUGUGUACAAAAUUCACUUGAACCAAACGGAGUCUCAGGAGGUUGAGAUCAACGCAACCGUGGCCUUGGACUUUGAGUGUGCGAUGACGCGGGAAAACUAUGAAAAACUGUGGAAACUGAUCGCCUAUUACAGCGAGGUUCCUGUGCGGCUGCACCGAGAAGCCGUGCUCAGCCACGACCCCAGCGUCACCUACCAGUAUAGGCAAGACGCCGACGACGGCACUCUCUACUACACGGGCGUCAGAGCCCACAUUCAGGCCGAACCGGAAUGGGUCAUGCAGCCGUCCAUUGACCUCCAACUGAACCGACGACAGAGUACGGCCAAAAAGGUGCUCCUGUCCUACUAUUCCCAGCACUCCUUGACCAUGUCCAGCAAAGACGCCGAGCAGUCUCGGAGCAGGAGCUGGGUCAUGAUCGAGCCCAGUGGAGCUGUGCAAAGGGCUCAGACGGUCUUGGAAGGGGCUCCGUGCCAGCUGAGCUGCAACGUGAAGGCUUCGGAGAGUCCAUCCAUCUUCUGGGUGCUUCCGGAUGGCUCUGUCCUGAAAGCACCCACGGAGGACCAGGAUGGCAAAUUCUCCAUCCUCACCAGUGGCUGGCUGAAGAUCAAAUCAACGGAACAGUCGGACUCUGGUUUGUACCAGUGCAUUGCUCAGGUGAGGGAUGAGAUGGACCGAAUGGUAUACAGGGUCCUUGUACAGCCACCUGUCAUGCAGCCCCCUGAUGGACACACAGUGACAAUUCAGAGGAACCCAGGGGAGCCAGUGAUGUUGCCUUGCAAUGCACCGGCAAUACCUGAAGCCCAGCUCACCUGGAUUCUUCCAAACAAAAGGAUCGUUAAUGAUCUGACUAACACAUCACACGCGUACAUGCUGGCCAAUGGGACUCUCUCCAUCCCCAAGGUCCAAGCCAGUGACAGUGGUUAUUACAGAUGUGUGGCUGUCAACCAGCAAGGGGCAGAUGGUUUCACUGUGGCGGUCACGGUGAGUAAGAAAGGAUCUGGCAGGUCAUCAAAAAGAGGCCGACGCCCCGGCGGGAAGACUCCUUCCUGGCUGAGAGGAGAUGUUGUGGAGGAUGAAGGGGGCUCAGGCAUCGGAGAUGGAGAUACCACUUCACGGAGAGUUCUCCAUCCAAAGGAUCAUGAGCUGUUCAUCCACACAAAGGACGAUGCCAUCCCCGGAGGUAAGAAAACCAAGAAAGGGAGAAGAAAACUGAAGCCCUGGAAGAAUUCUGAAAAAGAGCCGGAGACAACCAUCGCAGAAGGUCGCAGAGUGUUCGAGUCCCGACGAAAAAUAAACAUGGCCAACAAACAGAUUAAUCCAGAGCACUGGGCAGACAUUUUAGCCAGAGUGCGCGGGAAAAAUCUCCCCAAGGGAACGGAAAUGCCUGAGGUCCCUGACAGCACCACUCCUCCAUCGGUGAGCCUAGAGGCAGCCCCCGUUUUGCCUGCCGUCCCCCCUCCCUCAGUGUCACUGGAACAGGCCCUACUCAGUGCCGAAGAAUCCUCGGCAGAUGUGUCUUUAUUUGGUGAGGAAGAGCAGGUUUCCAGUACCAUUUCCUCAACCAGGUUGGGAUUGGAACGUGGCCACAAUGGAGUCAUUCUUGCCGAAGCCAAAGUGACAGGCGCAGAUCUGGAAGAACUAACUGAGGAUGAAUUUUCCGAGAAGGCUGAGGAUACAGUUCCAACUGAAAUUGACUCAACAUGGGCUACCGCCACGACACUGAUAUCUGUGCCUUAUACAUCGUCUCCUACUCUACAGACCUUGGACACAGUCUACGCAGAGCCCACCAGGCAAAUCACAGCCACAGAGGAGGGCCGGUUCGCAGUACACGUGGGAUCCGUGCCAGAACCCACAUCACGAGACGACCAGUCUCCUUUGGACGAGUCUGAAACUCUGCCAUCCGUUUACCCAGAAGUGGAAACCCAUUCACCACCCGAUGAAGAUAAGAUGAAAGAACUGACCCCCAGGCAUUUUUCUCCAACCCCGACCCUGUUGGUUGUGGACUCCAGGACAUCGAAGCCAUUUGAAAUGGUCACUUUUUGGGAGCCAGACGUCCCAGCCCAAACACAUCGACAAGAAAAAACAGGCAGCCCCCAGCUUGUGAACAAUAGUUUCAGUACUCAGGGCAACUCACCGACUAAAAAGAGCAGAGAGGAGGAUUCUCUGACGCUGCAGGAAGGAGCUAUGGCAGAGAGAGACCGCGCAGACUCCGGAAAUCCUGGGAGGAAGAGGCAGCGCAUGAAGUCCAGCAGUCUGCUGGACUCUUCACCGAGAGCGAGGGGCAGCGUGGCUCCCUCCCAGGGUCCCCGGGAAACCACCCUGGUUGUUCUGUUUGACAAGGACACCACGACAACGAUGCCAACCCAGAAGUUCACUUCACCAUCAGUGCCACCCACUCACCCUUCUCGAAAGAGACCCAACGGGAGGAGGAGGUUUCGUCCCCACAAAUUCCGACUCCGGCACAAACAGACUCCACCCACCACUUUUGCCCCAACGGAGACUUUCUCGGACCCACCGACUCAAGCCCCUGAAGUGAAGACUCCAAACAAAGUGGAGAGUGCACCCAUUCCUACCUCUUGGGUUGACAGCACAGUUGGGAUCCCCAAACAGUUAGAAAUGGGGAAGCAUGCAGAACCGGUAACCAAGGGGACCCCACGAAGGAAACACGGCAAGAGGCCAAACAAGCAUGGUUACUCCACGUCUACAGUGAGCUCUGCCACAUCUGCGUCCAAGCCCAGCCCUUCCUCAGAAAGUCAGCACAGAAAUACUAUUACCUCCAGUGCAGAGACUUUACUUUUAUCUACAAACGUUUCUUUGCGAACUGGAGAACCACGUCAGAUGACUAGAGGGGAAGAUUCUAUGACAACUGCCAGAAACAUACAUUUACCUCACGACACAUUCCAAGAGACAAUUCCAGGCACAGAUAAGCCUGCAUCCGCUGGAAAAGCAAUUAAGAAUAACAGUGUCACAGAUAUGAAUGAUGAUAAAACUGAUGGUUUCGUCCCUGGUGAGUCAGUCAUUAAGAUCGCAUCAACUUCUGGCUCCGAGGUCUCCACUGUGGGAGAAUUUAAGGAAGCAUCCCCUCCUUUCAGCUUUCCAGGAGCUGAAAGCUGGAAUCCCCCAACCACAGCCCAGCCGGGAAGGUUACAAACAGAGACAGCUCUUACUAGCUCUCCGGAAACCCUGAUAGACACAUCUUUUUUUAACAAGUGGGAGGACCCGGAUUUUCCCCCUGAGGUUUCUCCUUCUGUGGCAGUCUCUACACUAUUUCAACAGGAAGGACAUGUUGCUUCAACGACUCUCUUGGACAUGAAUGUAGAGUUAUCUUCAAGUUGGGCAGAAACCGUCAGUGCUCGGGAUCAUCAAGAAACCACUCCCGCUAUUACCCGUUCUGAAGUCAGACCACCCAGUCAAGACGCCACCCCGGCCCCAGUGGAGGAGCCAGCAUCCUCAUUCUCCCACACGACCUUCGUGUCUUUGCUACAAACCUCCACAACACCCUCACCUCUUACUUCAAGGGUAUCUCCAACCCCAGUAGAGUCCAAGGAAAACGUUUUCUUUAAUUACGUGGGGAUCCCAGAAACCAAAACCCCGCCAGUCCACAAUGAGGGCACUCGGCAUAUUUGGAGGCCAAAUGAAUUAUCCACCCCAUCUCCCGACAAGGAUGGGUUUAAGUUAAUUCCAAAGAAGGAGUUAGGAAGGGAAGCAUUUGAUGGUAAGGCCCAAAACAUUCUUCCACGUGGCCCAGACCGUCCCCACCAGGCAGGGAGAGUCCAAGUUUUCCACCAACCGGCCAGAGUUCCUACUUCACCUAUCCCACCAAGAGGGACUGUACGGCCGCAACCUGUGACCACACAAAAUGCCUUUAGAUACUUUGUAACUGUCCAGCCCCCUCGCCACUUGACCAACAAACCGGAAAUAACGGCAUACCCUCCUUUCAGGGGUUUGCCUGAGAACCACCACGUCACGACUCCCAAAUUCUCAAGCGCAAGCACUCCUGGGGCUCCGUGGCGUAGUUCCAAAGCUGGCAUUCCUAGUAAGUUUCCCGACCAAGGAGCUGACCGAUGGAACGGCAAUGCCAAAGUGUUUGGAAAUAACUACAUCCCGGACCUACGAGACCCUGGGGGCAAGCUUCCAAGUUCAAGAGGUCCGCAGUAUUCGAAUGGAAGAUUCCCUUUCUUUUUCAACAGGACCUUGUCUUUCCCACAGUUGGGAGUUACUCUGAAGCCGCAGACACCCACCUCUCCUGCCCCAGUGAUGGGAGAGAGAAAGGUCCACCCCGGUCCUUACACGAGGAUACACUCUCAGAGUAUCAGUCAUGGAGACUUGGGUCCCCCAGCACCUCCGUUAGUGCAGCAACAGCCCCGCAGCACGGCACUGCCUUCAACAAACAUCCAGAACAUCCCGCUCGUCCACUCCACGCGGAGCUCUAUCUCCUUCGUGACCUCUUCUGGACAGCCUUCCAGAAGCUUCCAUCAGAGCGGCUCCAAGUUCUUCUCUGCCGGAGGACCACCUGCAUCCAAAUUCUGGACCCUUGGGGAAAAGCCCCAAAUUAUCACUAAGUCCCCGCAGACCGUGUCUGUCACUGCAGAGACUGACGUCAUGUUCCCGUGUGAGGCAACAGGGAAACCCAAGCCUUUCGUUACUUGGACAAAGGUUUCCACAGGUGCUAUCAUGACCCCUAACACCAGAGUGCAACGCUUUGAGGUCCUCAAGAAUGGCACGUUCGUCAUCCGGAAGGUGCAGAUGCAAGACCGCGGGCAGUAUAUGUGCGUGGCCAAAAACCUGCAUGGCGUGGACAGGAUGGCGGUGGUUCUCUCCGUCACUGUGCAGCAGCCCCAGAUCCUGGCCUCCCACUACCAGGACGUGACCGUCUAUCUGGGAGACACGAUUGCCAUGGAGUGUCUAGCCAAGGGAACCCCCGUACCCCAAAUCUCCUGGAUCUUCCCGGACAGGAGGGUCUGGCAGACCGUGUCCCCGGUGGAGGGCAGGGUCACACUGCACGAAAACCGCACCCUGUCCAUCAAGGAGGCCUCCUUCGCCGACCGAGGCGUCUACAAGUGCGUGGCGAGCAACGCGGCGGGCGCCGACAGCCUGGCCAUCCGCCUGCACGUGGCCGCCCUGCCCCCUGUCAUCCAGCAGGAGAAGUUGGAGAACAUCUCCCUGCCUCCCGGGCUCAGCAUUCACAUCCACUGCAGCGCCAAGGCCGCGCCCCUGCCCAGCGUGCGCUGGGUCCUCUGGGACGGGACGCAGAUCCGCCCUUCGCAGUUCAUCAACGGCAACUUGUUUGUGUUCCCCAAUGGGACGCUCUACAUCCGUAACCUGGCGCCCAAGGACAGCGGGCGCUACGAGUGCGUGGCUGCCAAUCUGGUGGGCUCCGCGCGGAGGACCAUCCAGCUGACCGUGCAGCGCGCGGCGGCCAACGCGCGCAUCACCGGCACCUCCCCGCAGAGGACCAACGUGCACUAUGGCGGGACCCUCCGGCUGGACUGCAGCGCCUCCGGGGACCCCUGGCCUCGCAUCCUCUGGAGAUUGCCCUCCAAGCGGAUGAUUGACGCGCUAUUGAGCUUUGACACCAGGGUCAAGGUGUUUGCCAACGGGACCCUGGUGGUGAAAUCCGUCACCGACAAAGAUGCCGGGGAUUACCUGUGCGUGGCUCGAAACAAGGUUGGCGACGACUUCGUCGUGCUGAAGGUCAACGUGGUCAUGAAACCGGCCAAGAUCGAGCACAAAGAGGAGAACGACCACAGGGUCUUUUACGGGAGCGACCUGAAAGUUGACUGCGUGGCCACCGGCCUUCCCAACCCUGAGAUCUUCUGGAGUCUUCCAGACGGGAGCCUGGUCAACUCCUUCAUGCAGUCCGACGACAGCGGCGGUCGUACCAAGCGCUACGUGGUGUUCAACAACGGGACCCUCUACUUCAACGAAGUGGGGAUGCGUGAGGAAGGGGACUACACCUGCUUUGCGGAAAAUCAGGUGGGGAAGGAUGAGAUGACCGUACGUGUCAAGGUGGUGACGGAGCCCGCUGCCAUCCGGAACAAGACGUACUCCGUGGUCCACGUCCCCUAUGGGGACGUGGUCACCGUGGCCUGUGAGGCGAAAGGGGAGCCCUCGCCCAGGGUGACGUGGCUCUCUCCGACCAACAGGCUGAUCCCCACCUCCUCCGAGAAGUACCAGAUCUAUCAGGAUGGCACGCUCCUCAUUCAGAAAGCCCAGCGCUCAGACAGCGGCAACUACACCUGCGUGGUCAGGAACAGCGCUGGGGAGGACAGGAAGAUAGUCUGGAUUCAUGUCAACGUCCAGUCGCCCAAGAUCAACGGGCACCCGGACGCCAUCACCACGGUGCGGGAGAUCGCAGCUGGUGGCAGCCGGAAGCUCAUCGACUGCCUGGCAGAGGGCGUCCCCACCCCCAGAGUGCUGUGGGCCUUUCCCGAGGGGGUGGUUCUGCCGGCCCCGUACUACGGGAACCGGGUCACCAUCCAUCGCAAUGGCACGCUGGACAUCAAGAGUCUGCGGAAAAGCGACUCGGUGCAGCUGGCCUGCAUUGGCCGCAAUGAGGGCGGGGAAGCCAGGCUGAUCGUCCAGCUCACCGUCCUGGAGCCCAUGGAGAAGCCCACUUUCCACGACCCAGUCAAUGAGAAGAUCACCGCCAUGGCCGGGCACACCAUCAGCCUCAACUGCUCAGCCGUGGGGACCCCGACCCCCACCCUGCUCUGGGUGCUCCCCAAUGGCACGGAGCUGCAGAGUGGCCAACAGGUGCACAGGUUCUACCACAAGCGUGACGGCAUGCUGCAUAUCAGUGGCCUGUCGUCUGCAGACGCCGGGGCUUACCGCUGCGUGGCCCGGAACGCCGCCGGUCACACCGAGAGGCUGGUGUCCCUGAAGGUGGGGCUGAAGCCCGAGACGCACCAGCAGUAUCAGAAUCUGCUGAGUAUCAUCAACGGGGAAACCCUGCAUCUGCACUGCCUCUCCCCGGGGGGCCGGCAGGCACGCUUCUCGUGGACGCUCCCCAGUGGCCUGACUCUGCAGGACCCCCAAGCACGGGGACGCGUGUCCAUUUGGGAAAACGGCACCCUGACCGUGCGAGAGGCCUCGGUGUUUGACAGGGGCACCUACGUGUGCAAGGCAGACAAUGAGUUUGGCUCUUCCGUCAUGAACUUCCCCGUAAUCAUCAUAGCGUACCCGCCCAGGAUCACCAGCGAGCCGGCACCCGUCAUCUACGCCCGGCCCGGGAACACCGUUAGGAUGAACUGCAUGGUCAUGGGGAUCCCCAAAGCCGAGAUCAGCUGGGAGCUGCCAGACCGAUCACAGCUGACCGCCGGCUCGCAGGCCCGUCUGUACGGAAAUAGAUUCCUUCACCCCCAGGGGUCAUUAACCAUCCAGCAGGCCACACACAGAGACUCGGGGUUCUACAAGUGCACUGCGAAAAACAUCCUGGGCACGGACUCAAAAACAACCUAUAUCCACGUUUACUGAAACCCCAGCCGGAGAGCGUGGACUCCACGGUCAUUGCUUAGGAACUUAGGACAAAGCCACAUCUGUACCGAAAGCCCUGGGGUAGAGAGUCCGAGCUCUGAAAGGCAUUGUCAGGGGCCAUGAUGGGCCCCACUUGGGUUUGGGGUUCAUGUUGACUUUGACCUGUGCCUGUUGGCAAAAGGAAGCGACACAGACGGGGAAGGAGGGCUCAGCCUCUCCGGGGACUUGCUUUCAUGUUUACAGGACUCCGUGUGCUCUCACCCGCAUGUCACGGGCCCUGGGCACACAUCGCGAUUUCUGUGCUGCACACGCCACUCUGAUGCUUUCAUGACUGUCUGUAGCAAAGCUAGCAAAGGAGCAGUCACUGAAAAUAAGCCACAGAGAUGAGUAGCGCCCUGUUAUCCAAUUGAAGAUGCCUCCUCUGCUUAACCCUCUGCAGAUGUACCACGAUAGAACAUUCUAGAAUGAGUACCCGCCUCUCAGUUACUUCCUCUGUCACUUCAAAACUCCAGUUUGCCCACUACGGCCUUAGAACCAGAGUGAUUUAUUAUUUUUUUUUAAUGUACAAGUUUCAUACACUACAGCUACCAUUUUAUAUGAAAGAACUCUUUCUCCCUGGAACUCACUUUUUAUAUAGUGUUUUAUAUAUAUUAUAUAUUUUUUUUCUUUCUCAUUAGACGAUGAGGCUAGAAAGAGAAAGAAAUACUUUCUGUCUCAUUAAAAGUAAUAAAUUAUUGGUCUUUACAAGACUUGGAUACAUUACAGCAGGCAUGGAAAUGCAAUUAAAAAAAUUCCUACCCAACUUCCUUUAAAUUCAGUCACUACUAUUAGAUUACCUUUCCCGGGAACCCCACAGUGGGGGAGGCUGGAUAUUGGAUUUCCUAGUUUAUAAAGUUUAUCUUAAGAGCUGCAGUUGGGGGAGGAGGGAGAUGAGAAGAGAGGAAAGAGAGAACCAAGCCGUGACCCCACAGAAUGAACCCAAAGCCUUUCAGGAAAGCCUGAAAACGUUUCUCGCCCCCGUCAGUUUGUGCCCACGGGACAUAGGAGACCUGAUAUUUCCAUGACUGCUUUACUGUAUUUUUAAGGUCAAUCUAAUGUACAUUGGAU